AUGGUGAACGGUCCCGGAAUGUUGAAACUUGUUAUUAGAAAUGUGACUGCGGAACAUCAGGGAAAUUACACUUGUCAUGCUCAAAACAUUGUAGGGAAAACUCUGGAAACGAUUCAGUUGGUAGGUGAGUAUGUCGGGUGUCAGUAUGAGUAUGUUUCCAAUUCUUCCACUCUGUUGACAAAUUAAGUAAAAAUAACUUGGUGCCACACAACGUCAUUUAAUUUGUUACUGUUGUUGUUUUUUGCGGGUAUGUGUGCGGUCGUUUUAUAAUCAUUAUUUUUGACGUCUGUAUUCUAAUACGGCUAAACGGGUGUGUUAUACGUCUUUAUAAUGCAGUGCGCUUCGAUUUUCAUUCUCUCUUUUCCUCAGGAAGUAAAGUGGUGUUAUUCCGGUAACAUUUGCUUUUGGUCCUUUGCUUUAAAUUUUGUCAAUGCACGGUAAACUUCCGACUAUCCCACCCGUGGUUUAAAAUUAAACUGGUUUGCUUUCCUUUUCGAAGUGUGUGGGAAUGACAUUGAAAAAUUUUAAACAGAAAACAAGGAUAGGUUGAACCACAUGUAUCAGUGCAACUGAUAUUUGCGUUGUAUUUGUAUCCAAAGUUGUUUCGGCAGAUCUCAUGACGCUUGUGUAGACUAUUUCAUGCAAAGCAAUUCCUAGAGAUCAAGUAAUGCGUGAUGCAGUGAUUCAAAAACCCUCCUUGCAGUUUUCCAUGAGCAAUGGUUGACCUUUGCUUUUUCUUUGCUCUUUAGUAAAGGUUCCACCAGAAAUAGAAAUUACACCAACCACGAACCUCACAAUUGCCACAGGAGAAUCAGUUAUUUUAAGAUGCGCGGUGAGAGCUGGUAAUCCAUCACCGUCAUUGGUAUGGGAACGAGAAGGUAAUAAACCACUGAACAGCAGUAAAGACGGCAUCUUAGUGAUCUCUUCUGCCACUGGCGACAGUCAGGGAACAUACAUUUGUAGAGCGACGAAUAAUCUAGGGACAUCUGAAGCCAUUGCCUUUCUUACUGUUCAAGGUAUCAUACAGAUUGUGUUAUUUAUACCCAUUCUCCACUUUAGAAGUGGCGAAUGAAAGAGUUACGGCUGAAGUGAUGAAAAGUGCUACAUCCGUUCUCGCUAAUGAAUUUUAAUAAGGUACCAUCAAUUCAAGCUAUGGCAGAAAUAAAUUUAUACACUCUUGUAGAAAUAUAAGCCUUCAGCCGUUGCAUUUGGUUUGUAAAUCAUCACGCGCGUAACAGAGCUUGAAUUUUUGGCCAUAAAGAAUGGUGAAAAAGAAAUAAAAUUCAUAGAAACCAAAGAGAAGGUAAGACGCCAAAUAUAAAAUUGGGAUAUGUCCGUUUGUGCCACGUGGGCAAGAGGAAAGAGGGGCAACGUUUGGCGAUAUUCAUGAUAAUCUAUUGUAGCGGUGUUACACCACAUUCCCUCGUAUUUUUCCUGCUAGUUUCAGCGUGAUGUGUGGAAAAAACGUUUGAUUCCUCAACUGGUUUAUGAUUUCACACUGUAUCUAUCCCCUUGUGCUUUCCUUUCACAGCUGAACCCAAGAUAAUGGUCAGCCCUUCUAAUUCGAUCUCCGUGACAGCUGGUUCUUCGGUCACACUAGAAUGCGCAGCCGUGGGGGAUCCCCCUCCAGUGGUUCAGUGGAUACCCCAGGGACAUUCCAAUCUACAACUGAUGGAAAGCGGCCCUGGGGUGCUGAAACUAAUUGUAAAAAACAUCACUUCAUCGAACCAGGGUAAUUACACUUGUCAGGCCCAGAACAUCGUAGGAAUAACCAAGGAAACAAUUCAUGUAACAGGUACGUAAGUUGAUUUUGCCCAGGUCAUCAAAAGAGCUCUUGAAAAUGCUUUUUAGAACUUUCGGCUUCUGAUCACUAGCCGGUUCACAGUGCAUGAAAAGGCUGUGACCGCCGGUAACCAAAUUAAGUUAAGAAUCGCCUUCUCAUGGCUAAGGCGUGUCCGGGACUGAAAGACGAUUGUUUUCGGUUUUAAUAUUUCUUCACUCAGAGCCUUAAAUUGCCACUGCUUACGAGACACAUCAUGAUAAAUCAGCUUCCUUUUAGGAAAUAAAACGACUUCGCUAAAUCCUCAAAAGCCUUAGCAAACGCAAGAAAUUUACGUCGGUUUACGUCGUUUCCACUUAACUUAGUUGUCCUUUUUGUUGUUGUGAUUUGCCAGGACGAAGAAACAAUAACUUCACACGCCAUGGUAAUUAUUUUGGUUCCACUUUUACCCAAAUGUCAACUGCUUGUCACCUUGAGUUUGGAGAUUCCGAAGAAAGAAAAUGGCGUUGUGUUUUUCGCUUUACAUGCCAUUGCAUUUUAUUCUCAGUAUCUUCUGAUACCAAAACACGAAGUCCUUUGAUGAGUGAAUUCUCAUCAGUUUGUUGUAUCAUCGAAUGCAUCAUGGAAUUUUCUCCGUGUGGCAUUUCCCAUCACUCUCAAAACCAAAGAUACUCUAACCUCAAACCCUGUCUAAAAUCUGCAAUUGCCACUAGUUAAGUAAUUAAAAGUGUUACGAGUAAUAAUAGUAACAGUAAUAAUUAUAUAACAACAAAAUCUUGAAUCUUCAGUAUAAGGAUAUGCCAAGAAUAGAAAUCAGGCCAGCACCAAACCUGACAGUGAGCGGCGGAGAUACUGUGAAUCUAACGUGUGCGGUAAUUGCGGGUAAUCCAACCCCGACUGUGGUCUGGGAACGAGAAGGAAAUAAACCCCUGAACAGCAGUAGUGAUGGCGUGUUAGUGAUAGCUGCUGCCAGUGGUGUCAGUCAAGGAAAGUACAUCUGUAGAGCGACGAAUAUUCUGGGGUCCACUGAGGCAGUCGCCUUUCUUAUUGUUCAAGGUACAAUUAUCUGGCAACGCGUUAUAAAAUGUUCCUCACGAAAUAGGAAAUUUUUAAGAUGUAACGUCAAUGCUUUCUGAAAGCACAUCAUUUUGUCAUUAGAGUUUAGACCUCUCAAAUGAAAAAUUAAUAAAGUUAUGCAUUUGUUUAUUUAUUCAUUUAUAGACCAUACAAUACCCUAUUUGUCUGUAAGAUAGAGCGUUUACCGUAACUAGCGACCAGCUCGGCAAGAUUCACUAAAGGGUCUCGCGCCUUCUUCCGUAACGUUUACCCCCAAUGACCGCCCGUCAUGGUAAGCCGGUUCUUCCAGGACGAUCUUACUGUAAAACGGGGGACUGCAAACAACCUUAUCAAUUCUAUUAAUCAUUUAAUCUAAUUAAAGGCGCCCUUGGUAGCAACUUUCAGUCUCAGUUAUUAUGAAUUGUUGUGGCUAAGCGUUCAAAGGCUAGUGUCUCUCGUACAGAAGUAAAAACACAAUGUAGAAAAGCAGUGCAUAACGCUACUUCUGGCUUAUGCUUUCAUGGGCCAUAGCCCAAGUUUCUGCGCCAAUACAAUAAAGCACAUUUCUUUAAUACACAGGUGAGCCAAAGAUAAUAGUGAGCCCUUCCAGUCCCGUAUCAGUUAAAGCUGGCAGCUUUGUCUCUCUAGAAUGUGUAGCAGAGGGAAAACCCACCCCAGAUGUUCAAUGGGAAACUCAGCUUAAAUCUCACUCCAGCCUUCAGCUGGGGGAACCUGGCCGUGGUUUCUCAAAACUGGUAAUUGAGACCGUGGGUCCAGAAGAUGAGGGCAAUUACACCUGUCAGGCUCAAAACAUCGUAGCGAAGACCCAGGAAACUGUUCAGUUGAUAGGUAAGUUCGUAGUGAGACCAGUUGUAAUACAGGUUAUUGUUGAAGUUUGUAAGUUUCUUUGCCAACUUAGAGCUGGAUAUAACAAAAGGGCAUCGGACAAUAGAUGGAAUUGCCCACUAGAGGACAAGAAAAUUAAUGUGGCUUGGUAAUUAAUACAGGCGCUAUGAUAUCUUCAUGCUGAUAUUUUUGUGGAAAAGUUGUGUGGAAAACUUUGUCAUAGCUCAAUGUGCCUGUUUUAAUGACGAAGUUACCUUAACUCAGCAUGUCAUUUGCCUGAGAACGUUUCUGGUUUUUCUGACUAGAAUGAUGUUCUGGUGGGUAAUACCGGUAUGUCCUUUUUCCACCGUUCUGAAUGAAAUACCUAAAAAAGACCUAAUAUUUGCACCUGUGCUAUUCUUAAUUAUCAGCCCAGCAGCUUGACCGCCUCUACCCCCCACUGAAUCUUUACAGGCUCAUUUUUAGCCCCGCUCGGAUGAGAAGCCAUGAAGUGUACGAGGGUACGAUAAGCCAUGAUAUCAUGCAUAUGGUUACCAGCCUCAGGGCUGAAAAAUCACCCACCUUAAACUAAUCUUAGCUGUCCUAACAGUUAACUCUGAAAUCACUCUUUUUACUUUCAUCUGUUAGUAAAGGUGAUGCCAAAAAUAGAAAUCAUGCCAGCGAGAAAGCUGACAGUCACAGGUGGAGAGAGUGUAACAUUCAGAUGCGUAGUGAAGGCGGGCAACCCGCCUCCAUCGGUGGUCUGGGAAAGGGAGCAAAAUAAACCGCUGAACAGCAGUGACAACGGCGUCUUAGUGAUCUCUCGCGCGUCCGGUGACAGUGGAGGCAGAUAUAUUUGUAAGGCGACAAAUAUCCUAAGGUCAACUGAAGCAGCGGCUUUGCUUAUUGUUCAAGGUAAAUUUUAAUCUAACUCAAGCCAAGGGCAACUACUCUACAAAUACCUAUCUUGUUUCUGACAACCCUUUUCAAGAACCACCACCCAAAACAUCCAAAACUCUUCUUGUGUGUUCGUUUCUUUAAGUCACUUUUUCUUGUCCGUCUUUUAUUACUAUGAAUUCCUGAAGACAAACUUCACGAGGAAAGUAAUGGUCAGUUGUCGUUUUUAGCCAGAUCCUUAUCUUUACUUCACUUACAACAGCACGAGUAAGCAAUGACUACAUAACAAUACUUAUAAUUAAGAGUUUUAAGGGGACAAACAACGAAUAUCUUGACCAGUGCUGAAAUGGCGAGACUUUUCAACAAGAAAGUAUCUCGUUUCUUCCUUUUUGAAACCUGUAUUCAUGUGCCAGUGAUAAAGCUUAUUUUAUGGCAUCUUGAAGGUAGUGACUGCACAAUUACGGUAUGGUUUGGUUAAUUGUUACACAGGUGAACCCCAGUUGAUAGUAAACCCUUCCAGUCCAGUCUCCGUGACAGGUGGAAGCUCGGUCACGCUGGAAUGUACAGCUGCAGGGAGCCCUCCUCCAGUAGUCCAAUGGAUUAUUGAAGGGCAUCCUCGGUCUAAUCUGCAAAUAAGGGAAACCAAUCGUGGGGUGUUGAAGUUGAUUAUUGAAAAUGUCAGACCGGAAGACCAGGGGAACUUUACCUGCCAGGCAGAGAAUAUUGUAGGAUUGACUCAGGAAAGUGUGCAGUUAACAGGUAUAUUCCUUAUGCAGUGUAAUGGCAGCAAGGUACUGAGAAAUUAAGGACUAGCUAAAUGUCCUUCUCAGACAACCGAAAUGUAAACGAUCGUAAACAAAUCAUUUCCUCUUUUGCUUUCCACCAUAUCAUGAACCUGGAACUGGUUAUCUUAGAAUAACAAGGUUUCAUUUGUUUUUCUUAGGUUUUCUUGCGAAAUUGCAACCACUGUUUCCUCAUAUUUGUUAAUCUAAUCAUCCAAUGUUGACAUUAAAGAUUCCUUAUUGUCGAGGAGUGUCUGUGUCUAGCCUGACAAAACAGCUGACAUUUCGAGACGCCAUCAACGGAGAAUACGUCUAAGGAACGAGCGCAGAAGUUUCAUACUAAUGAUGUGUCACUACCCAGAUCUGGAGAGUGCCAACCAAAAUCACUACCCAGGUCAGAGUAGUAAAACGUCAUUAGUAUAAAAUUUCUUCACUCGUUCAUCAGACGUCAUUUCCAGGAAAACCAUUGGUGGCGUGGCGAGAUGUCGGCAGUUUUUUCAUGCUAGGCUGUGUCAGGAUGUCUGUCAUUUUACAUUAAUUUAGUGGAACUUUUGAUAUUGUCCUUGCUUUAAUUAAAGGAAGCUUUAAUUUUAGGCCAAACUUGUUCUCAAAGAGGAUUGUAUGACAUGAUAUUUUAAGCAUGUGGCGUAUGUGUGGAAACUUUUUUAACACUUAUUCAGCUUAGAACAAAACUAAUGAGUGAUACAAAAGUUGAAGUAAAUUUAUGUUUUGUUUUUCUCCAUUGACGAAAUAUGACCUGAGGUUAUUGUGAUUCCUUCUAGUAACUGUUCCACUAGAACCACCAGAGAUCCUCUUAAAUUCUGUUUUACGAACUGUCAUCGAAGGAGAAGACGUGGAGUUUCGGUGCAAUGCAUCCGGCUUACCAGCUCCGACCAUUGUCUGGGAAAGACUGGGUUCUAAUUUACCCAAUGACGCCCUUGAUAGAGAUGGAAUACUGAUGAUCCCGUCUGUCGGUGCAGAAGAUGCUGGGACGUACUCCUGUAAAGCAGUUAAUAGUGAAGGGCAGGACAGUUUUAGUGUCAAGUUGGAAGUGAUAGGUACGAUUAAGGAAAAAAAUUGAACCCAAGAAAAGAGAGGAUAAAGUUUCACGAAUCCAGGCUAAUCAAAAUUUAUUACUGAGAAAAAUCACAUUUAGAAUCCAAGUUAGAGACAUUCAAAGGUUUCAAAGGUUUUAUUUCUUGUAGCUCAACAGUAAGAUACCUCUCCCACAAAUUUCAACGUAAAACAAAUUUUAACGUCAAUUACCAUUGAUCGUGUAUCAUUUCGUAGAGGCAUAUAAUUGAGUUACACAUUUUAUCCUGGCGAAGUUCAACGAUGCCGCCAACUGGAGGUGUAAAGGCCAUUUCUUUAUGUACCACUUUGACCAACAAGGCAUCCUGUUUCUGAGCCUUCCAUAAAAAUGGUUCCUUCUUCAUAUGCUUUAAUGUGAAGAAGCGCUUUGAUUAAUAACUAAGGGACUUUCCCUCACUUUUACUUGGUAACCGUUCAAGCUAUACGAUAUUUCAAAAAAGCCCUUUUUAAAUAAGAAAUGGCACAUGUCUUACCCCUUUCUGUACUACAAACUGUCAAAUAUAGUCAAAUUUCCCUUACGCAGACACCAUCAGCAAGCAAAAACGUAAUUUCAUUGGGAGCUGGCCGGUAACAAAUCAUGCUUUUCUAGUGAAGUUCCUAAUGGGAAGAUUUGUUAAGAUGGCCGUAAGUGAAGCUCUCCACUUGAGGCAUAUUGUACGUCCAUGAAAAGAUAAGAGCUUAGACUGUUACUACCUCGUUAUACACCUCUCCCAUUAUAUCCUUUCAACGUAAUUAUUACUAUCAACGAUUCCAAGUAAUGCUGUUUUUUGAACUCGUGAUUCUUUAACAUUUACCAAACGUUUGGAAAAAAAAUGAAAAAAUGGAACACCACCUUUAGGAACUUUUAGGAGAAACGACAAAUUUAAAAAGGUAGCCGUGUGGUUGAAUAUUCCAGACUGAAAUUUGUUUGCUUUCUUCCCCAAACUUGAUUAAUCUUUGAGACAAGUUUCAAGCUUUCUAGGCCUGUUUUGGGAAUGGAACGAAUUUGUGAAAUAGAUUCCUGCUGUGAACAUUAACUUUAAGGCAACAACUUAAGAAUCAAGGAGACAAAAUAUAGUGAUUUGUAUCAAGUUGUCAUUCCAAACCUCGAAUUCCUUUUAUUGUGUCUUCUCACCGGGACAGAAUUCUGGAUUUUUUUUACCAUAAAACUCGCAAAUAGUGAACCGACCUAUGUCUACAUUUAAGUGAUAAACAACCCGACCCGUGCCUUUUUUCUUUCUUUUUUUAACCAGUGCCUCCUCUAAUCGACGUGACUCCCUCCAAGAUCUCCGUCAAUCAAGGAACGUCCUUUAGCAUCUUUUGCAUUGUUAAGCCAUCACUUGCAAUCACGUGGUCAAAACUCAAUGGUAGUUUCCCAAACGGCAUCGUGAGCGACAAGGGGACCUUAACAGUCAGUGAGGUGAAACUGAAACAUGCAGGAACAUACCGCUGUUAUGCUAACAAUUCAGCGGGCUCCAGUGAAGGCUUUGCAAGCGUCGUCGUGUAUGGUAAUUUAAAAAAAAUAUCGCAGUAUAUAAAAAAGUGUAUACCUCAAGAGUUAAGGUAAUAAAAGUUUUAAUUGUAAAAACAAAACCAAAAAAAGGCCUUUCAUCCCUUCUUCUUCUCUCUCAAUGACUCCCAUUUAUCGAAUUUUUUCCCUUUUAUUUAGAAAGAAACAGUCUAUGUUGUACUACAAAUUCUAUAUUGUACUACAAAUGAUGUUUUUUGUGAUGGCAGUGAAAGUGUCUUUGAAAUAUACGUUCGAGUCUUGUUGCUCUUUGCAAAUCGAUUAUCUUGAUUAUUUAUCAACUUAUAUUUGGGAAAUCAGUGCUAACCAACACACUAGUCAAUUUUCAAUUUCAUCCCAUGUUCAAUUUGUCCUGGCUUUUUGACUGACUUUCGUUCUGAUAUCUCAGCUGCACCAAAAGUGGUGGCCUGGCCUAGAUCUUUUGAAGCCGCUCAUAAAUCCAAUGUUACAUUUCACUGCAACGCGACUGGCAUACCCGACCCGGUGAUCUCCUGGUCAAAAGAGGGAAGCGACAUUCCCUUACGACACUCAGCUGGUGUCUUGAGUCUUACAGGAGUUAUCAGUGACGAUAAUGGUCGAUACAUCUGCACAGCAAAAAAUGCUGCUGGAACUUCUACAACAUCUAUAGAACUCACUGUCGAAGGUUUGUUAGAGCUUCGCUUUGAAGAAAAAGAAGUCACUUUCUGUUCAUCUCGAUCCCCUUUUUAUGCUUAUUUCCCCUUAUCAUGCCUAAGUUCAUUGGUCCGGUUCACGACCCCAUAUUCUAAAAGUACAGUGUUUAAUUAUAUCAUAACCAAAAAUUAAUGUCCACAAAUCUUUUUCAAAUGUCGAGCCAAUUCAUUGCACUGUAAUUAUAUUAUGCUAUACCCUUGAGUUUAUCCAAUUGUUAUUGUUAUCAUUAUUAUUAUUAUUGUUGUUGUUGCUGCUGUAAUUAUUACUAUUGUUAUCUUUAUCGUUUUUGUCAUCGUAUCAGUAUCAUAAUCAUUAUCAUUAUCACUAUCAUUAAAUCAUUCGUAUGAGUAGCCAUGUAAUCAUAUCCUUUUCAGAUCUACCCAGUGUGGUUAUAACAGGUGGAACCUCCGUCAAAACAGUUUCAGUAGGAAAGAAUUCGACUUUAGAAUGCAUCGCGAAUGGAACCCCACAAUCAGAAAUACAAUGGACCCGCGUCGAUGGUCUGCUUCCCGAGGGACUCAUUUCAAAAGGAGGACAGCUGAUUUUUCCCCGCGCGCGGCUUGCCUAUGGUGGUGUAUAUAGGUGCAAAGUCACUAACAGAGUAGGCUCUGUGCAAUCUGAAGUAGCCAUCUUUGUGCAAGGUUGGUGUUUGCUGUUUGUUCUUUUCUGCUGUUACCUUUCACGUUUACUGGUCUGCAAAAGAAAUUAAAGCUAAAAAACGCUUGAAAUAUUUGACCGUCAAUUGCAAAGACAUUCACCUUUGUGGGGAAUAGGAAUGGUUCACUGGUUUGUCAACCGAGUUGAUAAGCCAAGAUAAUAAGACAAGAUAAAAUAGCGAAAGCUGGCGAUUGCGUGUCCUCGUGUCAGACCAAGUGAGGAAGGCGUGAAAACAUAAGCCUGCUUUAAAUCUUACUGCGGUAAACCAAAAUGACCUUAUCCGAUUAGAUUUUUUGGUACUACCACCCAACCACCCCAACCCUACGGUUACAACUAAUAUCCAUCUGCGAAGAUCAUGCAGUUUUAUUGACGAUGUUACUAUUAAACAUUGUGUUAUUAACUCGAAUGGCAAGGCUGUACUCUAUUGACUCUUAGAGGCCCCCAAGGUCAUGGUUACUCCACAGAGUUCACGUGUGAAAACUGGUGAGACCGUGCAAUUCACUUGCAUCGCUAGCGGCUCCCCGUCACCAGACCUAACAUGGCGGAAAGUUAACGGAUCGCUUCCAGUCAGCAGUACAGUGCAAAGAGGAGUUCUGAAGAUUGCCAAUGUGACUCAAAAGGAUGCUGGGAGUUACAAUUGUGAAGCCAAAAAUGUUGAAGGAUCGGCUAAUAGAAGUGGAAUUUUAGAAAUUAAAGGUAAGGUAUCAAAGGGUCGGCUCUUUGGAAGUAAUUUUACUUUAACCUCCCUCCUUGUUUCAUGUCUUGAUUUUGACGAAUUUUGGAGCAAAAAUUUUACAGUGCCUUUCCUUCCAUACAUUUUUCCUGAUGCAAUUCCAGCGCGAAAAGCUACGAAUGUUCUUGCGGUCAUGAUGAGGGUUAGUUUGGGGAGUUUCUGCUAAGCACACUUCGCGUCAAUGACAAGAAGGAACCUUUGUUAUGAUAUUUACUCUAACCAUAACUUAAAAAUGGUCACCAACCAUUUGUAUCUCUACCUUUUCUAUAUCUCUUCUUAGUGACCGUUCCACGAUUUACGCAGGAACCUCUGUCCUACCUCAGUGUACAGACAUUAACAGACGAGCCACUUAAUUUCACGGUUGAAAUUGUGUUCAUACCGGAGAUGGCGGAUGGGCUGAUUCUGUACAACGAUCAGCUAACAAAUGGCUCUGUUGGAGACUUCAUUUCAUUUGGAAUGUCAGACAGAUUUGCUGAAUUUAGGUAAUGGGGUUGUAUUCACAAACAGGGACGAAGAGCAUCCUUCUUGAUCCCCGCCAGUAGUCCUGUGAGGCCUAGCUCUAGCAGGAGUCUACCCUCGCAAGCUAUUUUUUCCAUAAAGCCUUUGGUUACUCACAAAGCAUUUUUCGAGGUCAUUUGAAAACUAAUGCAAAAAUAGGAUCUGAACUUAUUUUGUUUCUGUGAAACCCUGAAACAGCAAGGUAACCAAACUAUCGUAUUACUAACCAAGUUUAUCAUAUUCCAUCUUGGCUGCAGUCAUAUUGCAUACAUCUAGCCAAGCCUUAAAGUGGAGCUUCCAUUUAAUACAACACUUUAAGUUCCGGUUUGGGGGGGGGGGGUGCAUCAUGCACUCUGACUGUUCCAGUGACUUAUUCCAAGAACUGUAUCACGUCAUAUGUAUCAACAUACUUAACACGAACACACCAUUAUAAGAUGAGGUAGUUUACUUGUAGAUUGUGUGUUGGUUGGACUUAUAAUCCUAUGGUCAAUUUUUACAAGUGUAAUAUAAACGUGUAGCUAUUUUCCGUGAGCACAGAUUGAAGAAAAAAGACUCCGCUUCAGAGCAAGCUUCCCACAUAUACUCUGGGCUCCGUUGUCCCAGUCUAACAAAGUAUACUUGAAUAUCUCCUCCCUGGUGAGGCUGAGGCGGCACAUUAGAGAGUAUAUUACGAUGUUUUUGUUUUCGAAAUGGGCUAUAUCCACGUUGUAGUGGCUGUGCAUCUCGUCUUGAUCUUAACCUAACUGUGAUACACAUGUUAUAAUCCAGUUUUAUCCUUGGUUGAUAUUUUUUUUUCUUUUUGGGGGGGUAUGGUAAGGUAAGAAAAGAGUCUGGAAAAAAUUGAAAGAGAACUUAUCCGUAUUUAGAUUCAACCUUGGCUUUGAGCCUGCAAUCAUUCGAAGCCGGCAACCAUUGAGCCUGUAUGAGUGGCACAGAGUCGUCUUAUCACGUAACAGGAAGGAAGGAAAUCUCACCGUAGAUGGGGAGCCACCUGUAACAGGAAUUUCUAAGGGGAGUAGCACAGGUCUCAAUUUGAAUCAGGAUUUGCACGUGGGAGGAGUCCUUGACUUCUCAUCAAUAAGCUCUUUGGCGGGAUUCAAGUCAGGAUUUAUUGGCUGUUUAAGCUACUUGGCUAUCGACGGAAAAGUUGUAAAUUUUGGUAAGAAUGUAAUCGUUUCUUUUACAUUCCAUUAUAAAAGUGGUUGGUUUCAAAAAUAGGGACCUUAAAAACAGGAAAACAGGUACAUGUAUUGUCUCCUUUGAUUAUUUUGAGAACUUUUCGUAGGGACAAAACGAAUGGUAGUUGGAUAAAGGUUUUCAAAGUUCAAAAUUUCUGGAAACUAGUUUUCGAGGAGAUUUGACAGAGGCACCCAACAGGGAAUUUGAGAAAAAGACGUAAAAACAACAACAAAGCAUAAAUAAAGAUUUCUGAAGCCAUUUUAAGCAUUUUGGGAGAUCGCUUGGAAAAAUUUACCUGUUCCUCACUCCCAGUAAGACUGAUGGAAGAGUUCCCAGCCAGCAAAGUGCACCUAAAACCUGCAACCUGACGUAUGUCCAGACAUUACUAGAUAUUACUGCCCAGUUUGGGUGUGGUCAUAGGGCAAAAUUCAGCCCUUCAAUGGGGCGGGGGGUCCAUAGGCAAUUGGGUGUGGCCUAUGGGAGACAUUCACCCCUUCAAUGAGGGAAGGAGAGAUAAACAAAUGGAAUAUACAAGCUAUUGUAUACACCAAAUCCCCUCUGACACCCUGAAUUGUGCAUUGCCCAGCAACACUUUCCUUCCAAGCACAUAUUAAUUUUUCCAAAUUUCCGAGCCAGCAAAACUUGGCCUGAGGAACAGAUAUUUUAGGGAACAGAUCCAUUGGGUGUCCCUGAUUUGAAUUUUGUACAGGAGUGUCCGAGGGGGAGAGUAAGGGUGCUUUCUUGACAAGGGGAAAACAAUUCAUCCAAAUUCUUCAAUUCGGUUUUACCAGCUGAGUUGAUGAACACAUCUUGAAAGUCUGCUUUUGAUUUCUGUUCUGGAGGUAAAUUGUCUUUAGCAACUGAUUGGACCAAAACCACUAUUUCUUUGUGUUACCGACGCAACAGUAAAGUUCUGGAAACUAACCCUUUUAUUUGAACUCUUUGAACUGUCUAUACGCUAAUUUUUUUAUGCAUAACCAUUACAAACGCGUUCCAAAAGUGGAAAUGAUUCACCAUGGUCUAAUUGACAUUAGUAGAUUGAGUCAUGUCUAUAGAACAUGAGCAUGUUUCUUUCUGUUUCUUCGACUUCUAAAGGAGCCAGCUGUUAUUGAAAGUGUAUGCGCUUGUCAAGGGCAGUAUUGACGAACUUGAAUGAGGAUAGGGCCUGUUUCACCAGGAAGCUAUUUUUGUAGCCUUUCGGUGUAGCUUAAUUACCUAAUUUUAUAAUUACAUUUUAUCUUCUUCCUUCUCUUGCCAAAACACAAUACUUAAAUGGAUUUUGUCACAAGGAUAUUAUUGUUUUACGUCAACUCUGUGCUGAUGUCAUUACUUAGGGUCUUUACCCAUACACAAAAUGCUUCUGUAAAAUAAUGAAGAAGAUUUCAAAGAAAUUCUAUCAGGGAACACUAACCAUGAUUAUUUGUUACAUGAUUUGUGAAAAAAAAAUGAAAAACUAUUUUUGGAAUUCAAUUGAUACGAAGACACUUUAUAGCUUUUUAAAAAAUAGAAAAUAGCGUGACAUAACCCUUUGAAUACCUCUUUAAACAAAUUUCAGGUGAUCCUAUUAAAAGCGUGGGUUUGGAUGAUUGUGAAGUCUGUCAAACAAGGCCUUGCAAGAACGGCGGCACGUGCACAGAGGUCGCUGGAGACUGGGGAUUUAUUUGUACUUGCAGGCCUGGUUACUCGGGAAGGACCUGUGAUGACGCUGGUAACAAGUGUUCACCUGGCGUUUGCAAUGAGGGGCGUUGUGAAAAUAUCGGCAAUGAUGGUUUUAGAUGCAUCUGUCCUGCUGGUUACUCUGGGGAGAGGUGUGAGGAAGGUUUGUUGUGGACCAAAGGCCCCUGAGUCCUUUACGAUCUGAUGUCAAAACAUGAGCUUUGGUAUAAUUCCAAUUUUUUUCCUGUUUGAAUAGGAUGCAUUAAAUACUUUUUAACUGGUUUGCAUCAGUUGGUAUGGGCGAAAGACCGUAAUUUAUAGUUUGAUUCACUGGACAAAAAAAAUGGAUUUUCACCCCCCCCCCCCCUGUUUUUUGGCAUGCAAAUGACAUUUACCAUCCUGGCCCCAUAUUUACUCCUCCAGUUUUCACAAAUUUGCUAUGUAUUUGCAAGGAUCAUGUUGGUGCAAAUUUAUUUUUUUGCCCAGUGAUUUAUAUGUUAAAAGUGCCGGAUCGAGGGAGGAGGGAGCUCGGGAUGAUAGCUUGCCAGGGCCUCAUUUUAAGGUCAUUUUCGAUGGUGCCCCCUCCCUCUUUGAAGGGUUUGAAUAAGCAGCGCCCCCAAUUACUUGAAGGUCUGGUUAUAUAGUCGCUGCUACUUGAAAUACCAGACCGAAGAAUGUCGCUAUAAAACGCCUCUGUCACUUGAACAGCCCCAGGGUGAGGUGUAUGGUAGAAAUCAAGUGAAGGGUACUUCGUUAAAGAAACGUCUAUUGGACUUCUGGGUUUUUUAUGUCAUUUGGUGUACUAAAAAGGAAACUUAUUACGGUAUUCAUCCUGUAGGAAGGCCAAUAGACACUCCUAUGUUCGAGGGCGACUCAUACAUGUCAUUACCAGGAAUCGAAGGCGCAGUUCUGCAGCUAAGGUUCUCCAUCAGAUUCCUCGCACUUAAAUCAGGCAAUAUGCUUCUACUGUACAAUGGUCAGACGAUAUUCCCUGGUCGCGGUGACUUCAUUUCCCUUGCCAUUCACGGAGGGCGAGUUGAGUUCAGGUUCAAUAUGGGAAGUGGUACUGGUAUUUUACGCAGCGCCAGAAACACUUCUGUAGGAUUCUGGCACACUGUAAUAAUAGAAAGACAACUGAGAGACAGCUUGCUGGUUCUGGAUGACGAUCCCCCAGUGAAAGGUUCCUCCCCGUGUUGUUCACGUGGAUUAAAUCUUUUGUUAGACUUGUUCAUAGGCGGAGUGAAAAACUUCACGACAUUCCACACUAGUAAAGUUGGCGUUAGCUCCGGUCUCUUUGGUUGUAUAUCCGAACUAUCAGUAGAUGGUAGGGAAAUAAACCUGCUCAAGUCCAAUCUUGACAUGCGCGAUAUCAAACAAUGCACAGAAUGCCUUUUGCCUUGUGAAUUAAGACCAUGUUUGAAUAAUGCCACUUGCAUCCCGGUUGGAAAAACGGGCUUUUUCUGUUCCUGUGCUCCUGGAUAUACUGGACAAAAGUGUGAGUUUACACUGGCCGAUCCUUUGAAGAGUAACAUAUGUGUAAAUGGCGGAGUUGAAUUAUCGUCAUCUGACAGGUUACUUUUAUUUAUUAAUUUUUUAUUUUCCCAAACAUAAGAAAAAUGCACUCCACUACAGUCAACCCGCAGCUUGUUUUAAUGAGGUGUAGCUAUUAAUUCCCUCCGGUGUCUCUGCUAUUGAUAAGUUCGGCUAGUCUGUCCAAUAUUUUCUGCGUUACGGUUGGUACUAUAGUCAAUCUAAAUAUAAAUAGUGAUAUAUUGUAAAGAAAUUUCUUCUCGGACCUCAAAUGACGAUCUCUCGCGAUUAAGGACAGUAAUUCGUUGGAGAGUGUCCGAAAUAAAGGGAGUUGACUAUAUUUACUAUAAUAGACGGAAAGUCUUUGAAUACUUAGAAUACAAACAAUACUUAAUUUUACGACGUGAUAAAAGCAGUUCGCAAACCUAGAGAGCUUCAGAAAUUCUGAGCCUAAAAGUUGAUUUACUGUGUUACAGGUUAUGCAACUGCCCGCUCGGAUAUGGAGGCAGAAGGUGUAAUAGAAGUAAGUACUUUCGGAAGUUUUGCCUUUUGAAAUAGCUUCCUAAUGCGACGGAUAUAUUUUCAAAUCUGUCAUUAACUGAUGUUGUCGCAGUAUAAACUUUUCAAUGUAAGGGAUCUUAAGGCACAUAGUCUUUGUGUGCGGAUACAGCUGACCUCCCCAUGCUGGAGCCGUCAGCAUGGGUAAAGUGCUUCUUACCAUAACCCGGAGGCCACACUUAGGAAGUCUUGGUGGCCUUUUAAAACCGGAAGGGGAACUACCGGUGGUGCAAAUGGUAAGAGUAAACGCCUUCCACUGAUAUAGGCUGGGUUCGAUUCUAGCGUCACAAAGUGGAUUGACUUUGUUGUUGGUUUUCUUCACAAGUCUACUUCGAGCUGAAAAGUUUUCUCUAAUUUGUUGGGGACGUUUAAGAGGCCACACGUUUAGAACAGUGAAAUCUAUCGGGUGUCACGCUGUCUAAACUACAUAAGUGUAAGUUUUCAUAGUUGCAGUAGAAUUCUUUCAUGACAACCCCUGCAAAAAAACACACACUCUGGCAAUAGAUUUUAAGUACUAAAGAAAACUAAGUUUACAAACUUCUGCUGUUGGGUUUAUUUUAACCUUUUCGGUGCAAAGUUGUUUAAAAUAGCUUGCAUGAGGCAACGUAUAGUUGAGUCGUUUCCAGUGACUCUUGCUGAUUGGCCGUUUCGUUGUAGCUGUCCAGCUUGGAAAAAUGCCUUGUUCAGUGGUGACGGUUUCUUGGAAUUCCCAUCAUCGACCAUGCGAGGACCGAGGUGAGGUUUUUUUCUUUGGUGUUCAGUGAACCUUCUGAGGGAAAAUUUCUCACCAUCAGGAGAGUUUUACGACUGUCAUAAUAGAAAAUGAGGCUCAAGUUAUUUCCAUCCUGGUAUUUUAUAGCCGAAAUACCUUAUAAUCCACAGUGCAAUGUUUACGGCUUUGAGCAUGCAUGCGUCCAUUUUUUUUUUACAGAUCGACAACACCUGACUAUAUGUCACUUGAGAUAAAAACAGAAGCUCAAAAUGGUGUAAUCCUAUGGCAAGGAGAGGUAAAUUAGAGUGUUGUAAUGAGUUCGGCCAACAGAGAUUGUUUAUAACUCAUGCCUGAUAAUCCGAUGACCAGAAAAGACAUCCAUCUACUUUGCCACAUUCAGUUCUGAGCUUUUUCUUGGUUAUUAAAAGAUUGUAAGAACAAAACCUUUUUCCAAAACACUUCCGUAUCUCUUUGCCAACACGUUCGUGUAUAUUUCACACACACAGGCCCCUUGCAUUACGAACAGUUCCCUUGAUCUGUAAGGCAUCAAGCAACAAAUAGAUACCUCUUGUUCUCACCUGGAUCAAUUAGGUGUCCGUUUAAAAAAUUUUUCUUCUUGUUCCUUCCAGAGAAGAGAUCACUUUACAAUCGGAUUAAGAGACGGAUUUCUGGAGUUCAGGUAAUUAUUUUAGGACUCUUGACGGCCCAACAACUGGUCUCUUUCUAAACUUUGGUAUUCUUUGCUUUCAGAGUAAAAACACCCAUACAUGUACGUGACCACCAAAAAUGCCAAAAGUUAGGGGUGGCUAAUGGGAGCUCGUCGCAUACGAGACUCUGACGCAUUUGAAUGUCGCUAAAAUGGCCUCUGAAAUAUGUAAUGCAUGCGUACUAAAAAACAUAGACAAUAUACACGUAUUAAAAGAGUAUAUUUCGCCACAUAAAUGUACUGAUGGAUCACAUAACCCACUUAACAUCCGGGGGCGAUAAAAUAAUAGGGAGUUUAAGCAAAAGCAUUUUUGAGUGACGCACGUCAACCGAGGCAAAAAAAUUGUAUUGCUUUGCGUCUUUGCGUCUUUUUUCUCUUAUUGAUGAUUUUGCGGAGAAUUUGGGCAAAAACACUGCUUAAAAGUAGUUAACUAUGAAAUUGAGUGAAGCACAUCCUCGGUUAAAUUUGUUACACAUUAAUCCUUGAUCACUGAUCUACAUAAAAAAAAAAUAAGGGAACGGGCCCCCGGGCCCCUCCCCGGAUCCGCUACUGCAAAUAACCAGGAACUAAAUUUAUCGGUCCCUACCCUGAGAAUACUUUAAAAUCACGUUAGCAAAUCAGUUACGUCUUUCUUAGAUUUGAACUCGGCUCUGGGCCCGCUGUACUACAAUCUCUGUCUCCCGUCAACGACAGCCAAUGGCACUCCAUCAAGGUUUACAGGUAACAAACUUUUUCAACUACAAUCUUGAAAUAAUAGUUCCUAGAUCUCCGUAUUCUAGAUGCGUUACAUUUGAGGAACAAGGAAGGGCCCGAGAAUAAACCCACCGACUGUCAACCAUGAAAAAAAAAAUUUAAUCAAUUAUUGAUUUCGACUUCUAUAUAAUAUGAAGCAGCACUGACUGCGUGAUGUCAUCCCUCCGAUAUUUUAAUUAUUAGACUAGUGACGUUUGUCGUUUAAUUUUGUAGGAGUUUCAGUGAGGGUUCCCUUAAAGUUGAUAAUCAUGAUCAUGUAAAUGGCACCUCGGCUGAGGGAAGCAAAGGGCUGAAUAUUAACCAAGGUCAUAGCAUAUUUAUAGGUAAGUGCAUUGUAUAUCCUUAUCUUAUCAGUCAUCCCUACGAUCAGAAUGGGCAGUCCGAAAUAUCUGGAUUUCAUAUAUUUGAACUGCGGGAAGAAGAAACAAAUGCAGACAAGAUCAUCAAUACACAACUUAGUUGUAAAAAGAAAGCCUGAAUGCCCGUAUUCGACCCCUGACCUCUGCGAUACCGGUGAAGUGCUCUUACCUAUUAAGCUAGCAAGCAGACUGGGUGUGGAUGGUCCGUUAGUAUUAUCUAAAAGUCUACCUCCUUUAUCAGUGUUCAGGAUGUUUAAUAAUGUAGAAGAUUUUUUUUUCAUAUGAACAGGAGAUAAUUCGAACUAUAGCCUAUAUUAUCUUAAUGUUUUUUCCUCUUAUUUCCAAUAGGAGGGGGUGAAAAUAUCGCAAAAAUGACACAUGGGAAGUUUAAUACUGGUUUUAGGGGUUGUAUAAAGAAUACAUUUUUCAAGGACAGAGGCAUGGACCUCCAGGGUGACGCUAUUCGCGGCUGGAAUGUCCUACCGUGCGACAGCGAUGAGGCAGAGCCAUGA